GAGUGGGUAUUUUUAUUAAUAUUAUUAUUUAAGCUUAUGUGUACUUACUUACUCUUCUUGUGUUUGUGUUUCCUCCCCUGGUUGUACAGUCGUACAAUACAAUACAAUCGUGUACUCAAUCAUCUGCUAUUUUUUUUGUAUCGUGUGUGACUCUGUUCUACUUCAACUUCUACUGCUACUUGCUUGUUGAAGAGGAUAAGAUAACAUAACAUAGGAGAAACAUACAUCAUACUGGAGACCAGUAUUUGAAGCGUUGGGGGAUUAUUUUACUUUUGAGUUCAUAAGAGGGAUUGUUCUUUAUUUUUUUAUUUUUUUUCUUUGAAAUAAAGUCAAGAUGAGAUCACUAGGGCCGCUGGUGGAAAGUUUGAAGGGCCAGUUGAGUCCCGAUGCCCAGAUUCUGAUGAAGGGGGAUGCGGGGUAUGUGGAGGGGAUUAGUCGGUGGUCGAGGGCGGCGGAGAGGGACGCGGCCUUAAUUGUCUACCCUACCUCCGCUGAGGAUGUCUCCAAACUCGUUCUUUUUGUCAAGGAACAGAGGCUCGAUUUCGCAGUCGCUGGUGGUGGACACGGCUCAUCAGGCGCCUCAUCAACCCAAAAUGGUCUCUCUAUUAACCUUGCUAAGAUGCGCAACGUAACCGUCGACCCCGUCACCAAAACAGCCAUCUGUCAAGGCGGUGCCCUCUGGUCCGACGUCGACACCGCGGCUUUCGCCCACGGCCUCGCUGGUGUCGGCGGCACCGUAAAUCACACUGGAAUCGGCGGGCUCACCCUCGGAGGUGGCUUUGGUCAUCUCACCCCUAAACACGGGUUGGUGAUUGAUAAUCUCCUCGAAGCAGAGGUGGUUCUUGCCGAUGGACGUAUUGUGACGUGUUCUGCAUAUCAGGAACCCGAUCUUUUCUGGGCGAUUCGUGGUGCCGGUAUUGGAUUUGGUGUCACGACGAGUUUUACCUACCAAUUGCAUCCGCAACCCAACCGUGUCUGGGGCGGUAUGCUCGUUUUCCCCCGCGAGAAAUUAGAAGCGAUCGUUUCAUUCGCCAACACAAUCGUCACACUCGACGAGGAAAAUGCUCUCCUCCUCCUCGCUUUUGCCUCUCCUCCCCCAGCCUUCCAGCCCGCGGUUCUCGUCCCCGUCUUCUACAACGGCACAGAAGCCGAAGGCAGCACCUACUUCAAACCGCUACUCGAUCUCGAGCCACUCGCCAACACCACCAAGGAAAUGGACUACGUUGAAAUCAACAGCAUGCUCAACGAAGCCAUGGCUCACGGAUUACGUCGCAACUUGAAAGGCGCCGCGGUUCUUUUCCCGUUAACCUAUUCCUUUGCCGCCGAAAUCUACACCGAGACGGAGAAAUUCCUCCUCGAAACCCCGGAUGCGAAACAUACCAUGGUGAUUUUCGAAUACAUUCCCUUCGGCAAGAUAUUAAAGGUAGGACAGCAAGAUACCGCGUAUGCGAACAGAGGCGCGUAUGGAAACCUAGUAUUUGGAGCGAGCUGGGAAAGUCCCGAGACAGAUACGAAGUGCAGAGACUGGUGUAGGAUGAUGGCUCAAAAAACGAAGGCCGAGUUGGAGAGCAGGCUCAAGGAGGGCACGGAUGAGAUUACCAAGGAUGGAGUGGGUGCUUAUGCAAAUUAUGAUGGUGCAAAUCAUGAAGCAGGCAAAUUGGUUUAUGGCGUCAAUUAUCCUCGUCUUGCUGAGUUGAAGAAAAAGUACGACCCCGAGAAUCUAUUUUCCAAGGGUCCAAAUCUUGUUUCCUGAAUCACUGGAUUAUAAUAUGAGCAAUGGUGUCAAUGAUUCGAUUAAUUAUUGUCCUCCAGAAUGAAAUCCAAGAAUUUUUUAUACCAAAUGCUUUACA